AACCCCGUUUCACUCUCUUCCCGUCGCUGUCCACAAGCAAGAUGCCUGGUGUCACAGUGAAAGACGUCAACCAGCAGGAGUUUGUCAGUGCCCUGGCAGCCUUCCUGAAGAAGUCAGGAAAGCUGAAGGUGCCUGACUGGGUGGACCUUGUCAAACUGGGCAAGCACAAGGAGUUGGCUCCCAGUGAUGAAAACUGGUUCUACAUCAGAGCUGCAUCCACAGUCCGCCAUCUGUACCUCCGUGGAGGUGCUGGUGUUGGCUCCAUGACCAAAAUCUAUGGAAGUCGCCAGAGGAACGGUGUGUGCCCUGCCCACUACAGUGUUGGAUCCAAGAACGUGGCCCGUAAGGUGCUGCAGGCCCUCGAGCUGCUCAAGAUGAUUGAGAAGGACCCCAAUGGUGGUCGUAGACUAACCGCCCAGGGAACCAGAGACCUGGACAGAAUUGCUGGCCAGGUUGCAGCUGCAAACAAGAAAACUGUUUAAUAAAUCUUUUUUGGAGAAAGUCAAA